UUAAAGUGUUCUGUGACAUGGACACUGAUGGAGGGAAGUGGACGGUGAUCCAGAGAAGAAUGGACGGCACAGUGAAUUUCUACAGACCUUGGAAGCAGUACAAAGUUGGCUUUGGAAAUAGAUCCGGAGAGUACUGGCUGGGACUGGAGAACAUGCAUCUCCUCACCAAGAAGAGACGCUAUGAGCUGAGGGUGGACAUGGAGGACUUUGGGGGAAACAAAGUGUUUGCCAAGUACUCCUCAUUCUCUGUUGGCUCUGAGGCUGAUGGCUACAAGCUGCACGUUUCAGGCUUCACGAACGGAGGAGCAGGGGACUCUCUGCUGCAUCACAAUAGACACAAGUUCAGUACCUUUGAUAAAGACCAGGACGCAUGGCGCAAUAAUUGUGCAAGUUCUUAUUAUGGAGCCUUUUGGUAUGCUGCUUGCCACUAUGCUAACAUCAAUGGUGUAUAUCUUUGGGGAACAACAUCACACUAUGCAACAGGUGUAAUAUGGCACUCCUGGAAGGGCUAUCAUUACUCCCUGAAAGCUGUGGCAAUGAAGAUAAGGCCAGUUUCUUGAGCAGAUAUGAAUUGUGUUGUCUACCUUCUAGGCUGUCCCAGUCUUAUGUAUCAAAGGUACAACAUAGUCUUGCCAACAAUCGAUA